GGAGGAGUUCUCGUCCCAUCUCAUUUUCACAUUUUCUACAACGUCACUGAGACCCACCACAACAGUUGUAAACUGAUUCUGCCGAAUCGUCUGGGCGGAAAUACGGCUGAAAUUUGUCCGUACUGCACAUCCCAGAGGCAAGCGGCACGGUUUUCAAGUAAUUUGCAUCCCGUCCGUAUACGCUACCAAAAUGUUCCUAACACGUUCUGAGUAUGACAGAGGUGUCAACACAUUCUCACCUGAAGGACGUCUUUUUCAAGUAGAAUAUGCCAUUGAGGCUAUUAAGCUUGGAUCAACUGCUAUUGGAAUAUGCACUCCAGAAGGUGUGGUGUUGGCUGUUGAAAAAAGAAUAACCUCCCCUCUGAUGGAACCAUCCACGAUUGAAAAGAUUGUCGAGGUUGAUAAACAUAUUGGUUGUGCUGUUAGUGGUUUGAUUGCUGACUCUCGGACAAUGGUUGAUCGAGCCCGUAUGGAGUGUCAGAACCACUGGUUCUCCUACAAUGAGAAGAUGUCAGUAGAAUCAGUUGCUCAAGCUGUUUCUAAUCUUGCCAUUCAGUUCGGAGACUCAGAUGAAGAUGGUGGAGCUAUGAGUCGCCCAUUUGGAGUAGCAAUUCUCUUUGCUGGGUGUGAUGAGAAGGGACCUCAACUUUUCCACAUGGACCCUUCUGGUACGUUUGUCCAGUUUGAUGCCAAGGCUAUUGGAUCAGGAAGUGAAGGUGCUCAACAGAGUCUUCAAGAGCAGUAUCACAAGUCUAUGACUCUGAAAGAAGCUCUGACUGCUUCUCUCACCAUAUUAAAGCAAGUCAUGGAAGAGAAGUUGAGCUCAACUAAUGUUGAAGUAGUGACUGUCACCCCAGAGAAGUUCUUCCAUAUGUACAGCAAGGAAGAGGUUGAAGAAGUCAUUAAGGAUAUUUCAUAAGCAGCUUGUUGUAAAGGGUCCAUUGUGCUGGUAUCAUUGUUGUCUUGACGAGUUUUAAAGGAAGGAUUCAGUGAUUUUUCACAUAAUAAAUAAUUUCUAUUAUCUCUUUA